CCGGGGGCGGGACGGCCAUUGGUCGGUUGCUGGCGAUGGAGGCGCCCGAGGGAGACGGGCCGAACGGAGACCGAGCCGCAACUCGCUCGCCCCGCGGCUGCCCGGCCGUCCCCGCGCCCACCCGCCUGCGCGCCUUCCUCUGGUGCCGGGAGUUCCUGGCCGGGGCCUGGCGCCGCCUGGCCGCCCCCGAGCAGCUGGGCAUCGUCCCCGUUAGUGGCGGCCUGAGCAACCUGCUGUACAAGUGCUCCCUGCCGGACCACAUCCCGAGUGUCCAGGAGGAGCCCCGCCAAGUCCUGCUCCGCGUCUACGGCGUCAUCCUGCAGGGGGUGGACUCGCUGGUUCUGGAGAGCGUCAUGUUUGCCAUCCUGGCUGAGCGGGCGCUGGGACCACGGCUGUAUGGCAUCUUCCCGCAGGGCCGCCUGGAGGAAUACAUCCCGAGCCGCCGCCUGGUGACGGAGGACCUGCCAGAGCCCAGCAUCUCCGGGGAGAUCGCGGUGAAGAUGGCCCGCUUCCACGCCAUGGAGAUGCCCUUCAACAAGGAGCCCAAGUGGAUGUUUGGGACCAUGGAGCGGUACCUGAAGCAGAUCUCGGAGCUCACCUUUCCCCAGGAGGCCCAGCAGCACAAGCUGAACCGGCUCAAGGCCUACGACCUGGAGGCCGAAAUGCACAGCCUCAGGACGCUUCUGGAGGCCACGCCGUCCCCCGUGGUUUUCUGCCACAAUGACGUGCAGGAAGGGAACAUCCUCCUCCUGGCUGGCCGCCAGGCCUCCUCCACAGACCGGCUGAUGCUCAUCGACUUCGAGUACAGCAGCUACAACUUCCG